CUUGACAGCGUAGAUAAAUAAGCCAUGUACCUCAGCCGCAACGAUACACCCACUUAGUUGGCUAAUUAGCUAGCUUAUCUAUCCCCGGAUUUUAUAAUUCGCGCAAAUCGCUGACUUUUAAUGGUUUAAUUUAUCAUAAACUACAGCAUAUAUGUAGUUAACUAGUCCUUUAAAUGGCGCUCAAUGGCCACCAGCGCGACGAUGAUACUAUCGACGAAGACGAAACGCCCACGAAGCAGCCGCGCUCCAACAAGGAGAUGCCCGGCUAUUUCAGAAAUGAUCCCAACAAUGAGGCGGCUGCGACGGCCGGAAGAGCCACAUCUGAGCGGCGGACCUCCAGCUCGACGACGAGGCAUCGGACCGACUCGGUGAAGAAAACAAGGCCGCCAUUUCCGUGGUUUGGGAUGGACAUUGGAGGCACUCUGGUGAAGCUGGUGUACUUCGAGCCCAAAGACAUCACAGCAGAGGAGGAGCAGGAAGAGGUGGAGAACCUGAAGAGCAUCCGGCGCUACCUCACCUCCAACACCGCCUAUGGCAAAACGGGCAUCAGGGAUGUGCACCUGGAGCUGCAGGACCUUACGCUGUGCGGCAGGACGGGCAACCUGCACUUCAUCCGCUUCCCCACGCAUGACCUGCCGGCCUUCCUGCAGAUGGGCCGCAACAAGCACUUCUCCAGCCUUCACACUACACUGUGCGCCACUGGAGGGGGGGCGUACAAGUUCGAGUCUGAUUUCCGCACGAUGGCAGACCUGCAGCUUCACAAGCUGGAUGAGCUGGACUGUUUAAUUCGGGGGGUGUUGUACAUCGACUCGGUGAUGUCCAGUGGCCCCUCUGAGUGCUACUACUUUGAAAACCCCACAGACCCCGAUCACUGCAUCCAGAGGCCCUACACACUGGAGAACCCCUAUCCUCUGCUGCUGGUCAACAUAGGGUCCGGGGUCAGCAUCCUAGCCGUCUACUCUGAGAACAACUACAAACGAGUCACUGGGACCAGCCUCGGGGGUGGGACCUUCCUGGGCCUGUGUUGCCUUCUGACUGGCUGCUCUACUUUCGAGGAGGCCCUAGAAAUGGCUUCUCAGGGGGAGAGUACCCGUGUGGACAAGCUGGUUCGGGACAUUUAUGGAGGAGACUAUGAGAGGUUUGGACUGCCAGGCUGGGCUGUAGCCUCAAGUUUUGGCAACAUGAUGUCCAAAGAGAAGAGAGAGUCGGUGUCCAAAGAAGACCUGGCCAGAGCAACGCUGGUCACCAUCACUAACAACAUCGGCUCCAUCACCCGGAUGUGUGCUCUCAAUGAGAACAUUGAGAGGGUGGUGUUUGUUGGGAACUUCCUAAGAGUGAACACCCUCUCUAUGAAGCUGUUGGCCUACGCCAUGGACUACUGGUCCAAAGGCCAGCUCAAAGCCCUCUUUCUACGGCACGAGGGUUACUUUGGAGCAGUUGGAGCCCUGUUAGAGCUUCUGCAUCCAUCCUAAUCCGUCCAAACUACAUCCAAAGAAGUACUUGUCAAUCUGCUGUCAUUAGCACUUUAUACUGUUCAGAAUCAGACGUUUGUAAACUGGUGAGAGUGAAUCCUAAAUUUUGACACACCCUGCCACACACUCUGCCAUGUGCUGUUGUGGUCAGUGGAUGGAAGUCCUUUUCCUUGCCCUGACCAAGGCUGUAUGCAGCAAAGUUGACGGAGUUACUGUGUGUAGGACUUUGGAGAAAUGAGCCAGAUUUGGUGGGAAACAUCUCAAGGAAAUUCACCACAGUUGCCUGAAAUACUACUACAUCAUCAGGUAGUCCUGUCUUGUGGACUGCAUGUACCCGUCAGUGGGUAUCAGGUCCUGGGCCAAAUAUUUGCAAGUACUUAUUAGGGUUUAUUUUACCUUACUUAGGUACCAGAUGGAUGGGAUUUGGACCACUGUAACUGGGUGAUGCUGUAUGAGUGUAUGGGGGCUAGAAUGCAAAUGUACUCAAAGACUUCACACUAGAAAUGCAUGGGCGUGGGCUUAAGAAUAUAUACAUAUAUUUUACUGAUUUGUUUGGUCUAUAAAAUGUCACAAGAUUCCAGAGCCUAAGAUGACUUCUACAAUUCUAAACCCCAAAAUAUUUCUACUAUUGUAAGACAACGACGAGCAGGAAAUAUUCAUAUCUGAGAAGCUGGAACCAGGAAAUUAAUUUUUUCCUUCAAAGAAUAAACAGUUUAAAAAUGACCAUGCUGCCAGUUGAUUUUCUGUCGACUUAUUUCAUCAUAUUGACAUGAAUGAUUGUGAUUGUGAUUCUGCCAUUCAUUUAAGUUGCACUAUAAUGUGAUCAGUGUUACAUCACCGUGCUAAUAGCGCUCCCAUCCACCUGGUACCUCUGAUAAGCUAAAACACUGCGAGUCAUUUACGACCACGUAUUGUUUGUGUUUUAUCUGUGAGCAUUUACUCGUUGUGACUAUUCUGAUUUGAAAUGAGGAUGUAAUUUAUAAGUGAUUUUUUUUUUUAACAGUUGCUGCAAAAAAAAAAAUCGAGCAAGUUUUCUUCACUGGAUGUUGAUUCACAUUUAAACUUAAAUUUCAGUCUCUCUCUUAACUGAUACCAUAAUUGAUAAAAAUGCAAAAUCCAUCACAGUUGCAUCAGACUUAUUCUUUAAUGGUGACAUAACUGUUACUGUUGUAGAAUUUAUAUCAUUUGCAGAUUGUUUCUGUCUUGAUAAACGGUGAAUAUCGUUGCAUUUCCUGAUUGAGAUCUCAGUGCUUGUAAAGUUAAUGAACCCAGUUGUUUACUCUGAGCUGUUGUGUUGUUGCAACAGUGCUGGUAUCAGGAAAUUUGGACAGUGGGUGUCUCGGUUAGUGAGACUGUAAUGAAGCGUGAGAAAUUCAAAACUAUUUCGGGCCCCAAACAUCUGCCCUGCUGAAGUGCCCUUGAGUCCCUGCAUCCUUCUACUUGUAGAGAGAAAUCAGAGCAAAUGCAAAGUUAGAUAUUGAUAAAUGUGCACCUCAAAUGGAGGCGAAAACUCGGGCAUUACAUUGCUGAAAUUUCCCCAGAUUCAAGAGAGAAAGUUUUUUUUGUUUGUUUUUAAUGCAGAGACUUGAUGCAUUCCUCCAAGACCUCAUGACUCCAACCUACUUCUGUCUGGGUUUAGAAUAUUCAGUAUGUACUUAAACAUUGGUGUUUUAAAUUCAAUGUCAAAAUCUUCCCAGUGUUAUGACAAGCUUGAACUUGAGGAUAAUUUAACAUUGUGUCUUCGAGGUGUGCUAUUUGUCCAACCGUUUUAUUUAAUUAUCUGUCCCACUUUAUUGUCACCUGUUUUUUCAGUCAUCAGUGCAUUAAUGGAUUACAGGGACCAUAAUGAAACUACCUAAUGAAGACAUUUGACACAUUAAACAGUUGGAAGUUCAGUGGACACACUUUUUCAGCUGUCAGUUAACUGAGGUUAUGUAUGUGCAGGUUGUAAACACAGGAAACUGAUUAUGAAUGAAGUGCCUGUCAUGGUUUUGUAUAGAAUACAAUACGUGUUCAGCAAUGUGAUUUAAAAGGACACGGAGUGAUUUGUAAAUCUCAAGGUUUCCCUUUACUGUUUGCUUGUACUUUGCAACUUUGUAUUUUCUUUUUACAGAGUUAUUCCAAGUUUCUCUUUGAAGGUUCCUUAUUAAAUAUGAACUUUCCAUA